AGGUUUAUGUUAGUUCAACAAAGAAAGCAUUCUCUGUCUGUGGCGUUGGCGUUGAAGUGGAAGAGCGUCGCUUCCUCCCUCUGAGUCUCUACUCAGAAAUGGCGUCAAAAUCUGGCCAAAUUCUCCGUUUAUACGGAUAUGACUUGUUGUUGGCAUCAAUAGCUGCGUUUUAUGUCUUCUCGGUACCAUACACCAAGGUUGAAGAGAGCUUCAAUAUUCAGGCAAUGCAUGAUAUUCUUUACCAUCGGCAUCACUUGGACGAUUAUGAUCAUUUGGAGUUCCCUGGAGUUGUCCCUCGCACCUUCAUUGGAGCUUUGCUUGUGUCAAUUUUAGCAUCCCCAAUCGUAUUAGCUAUCAACUUGCUAAAGUUGCCCAAGAUUUAUGGACUUAUAACUGUUCGACUGGCAUUAGGUGGCAUCAUUUUGUCUGCAUUAAGGUUUUUUCGUGUUCAGGUUAGAGAAAAAUUUGGUCAUCAAGUAGAAGCUUUUUUUGUCAUAUUGACUGCAAUUCAGUUUCACCUGCUGUUUUAUUGUACACGCGCUCUUCCCAAUAUUCUAGCCCUGGGUGUAGUUCUCUUGACAUAUGGAUAUUGGUUCAGGGGAAAUGUUUAUGCAGCAUUAAACUGUCUGAUUUUUGCUACUAUUGUCUUCAGAUGUGAUAUGCUGUUACUUCUGUGCCCUCUUGCCUUAGAACUUUUGUUGAAUUUUUAUCAUUGUCAGACCAGAUCUAUUUCUUUGUCAGAAGCAAUUAAAUACUGCACUGGAAUUGCACUGCUGUCCGUAGGUCUUACGAUCUUGGUUGAUUCAAUAAUGUGGAAGAGGUUUACGUGGCCUGAAUUUGAAGUUUUAUGGUUCAACUCUGUCCUGAAUCGAAGUUCUGAAUGGGGUACACAUUCUUUUCAUUGGUACUUCACUUCAGCUCUGCCCCGGUCGCUUCUAGCUGCAUAUCCUUUGUUUAUGCUCGGAGUCUUCCUUGACAGGAGGGUUCUAUUCUAUGUUCUUCCAGUUUUUUCCUUCCUUUUGCUUUACUCUAAGCUUCCACACAAGUUUUGGAUGGUGCAGGAACUAAGAUUUAUUAUCAGUUCAGUUCCAAUGUUUAACUUAUCUGCUGCAGUUGCAGCAAACAGAAUCUAUAACAAUAGGAAAAAGACUCUCUGGAAAUUGCUCUAUUUCUUUAUGCUGGGAUUACUAUUGAUCAGUCUAGGAUGCACUAUAGUAACUUUCCUGGCGUCCUAUGAAAAUUAUCCCAGUGGUCGUGCACUGAAAAAUUUACAUCAGAUGAGCCAUCUUGCUGAUAUCAAUAAAUGGGAGGUUCACAUUGAUACGUUCUCGGCCAUGAAUGGAAUAUCUCGGUUUUGUGAAAAUGAUUACCCAUGGAGGUAUUCCAAAGAAGAAGGGAUUCCGCUGGAUGAUUUUCGUCACAGAAACUUUACAUAUCUGAUCAGUGAGCAUUCUACUGUUGAUGGAUUCAAUUGUUUAUUUUCUGUCAAUGGCUUCUCAAGGGCUCGCCUUCAACUUGGUUUUCCACCCAUCAUCUUGGUCAAAAAGCCGAAGGUAUACAUUCAUGGAAGUACAAGAACAGAGGGUAUCAUGCAACUAAAAUGGCCAGGAUGCUCAUGAUUAAUUUGAGAUGGAACUCAGUGUUUGUAAGUCGAAAUUGAAGCAUAGACAUGGAUAGUUACCUGCGGAAUUCCAAUUUUACUUCAAUCUUUUCUUAACAUAGACAACGAGAAAGCCAGCGCUGUUGGUGGAAGCAAUCUGUGCAAUUUAUUCCAAAAUGAGUGUAUUUGGAAAGCUAAUAUUAUCCUUUCAGUGACCAAAAUUCGGAACCUAAAAUUUUUUGUUUGACUGAGAUGUAUUGGUUAUGAUUGGAAUGAGUUUAUUCUUAUAUA